CGCCGCUCGGCCGGGCCGGGCUCUGCGGCGCCGGGAGCAGACCGGGCACCGGGGCCGGGCCAGGAGAGGCAAAACCGCCGCUCCGACGUCGAGCCGGGAAGGUACCAGGAGCAUUGUAUCCCCUUGUAUUCCACCUCCCAUUUCGCUCACCCACCCUGGAAUUUUCACACAUCUCAAAGAGUUCUGAUGACUGAAGCUUGGGAAGAUAAUUCUCAAGUGCUGGACCAAGAGUGUAAACACAAAGUGAAAUUAUAGAAACUUUUAUGGCAUUAAGUCCCAUUUUGCUGAGAAAGCUUUAAACAAUGAGUCAGGCUGAUGAAGAAAGUGCCACUGACACAGAGCUGGCAACUGAGAAUGAGUCACCUACCUCUGCACUGAUUGCAGCAGCUCCUAGCCAGGAGGAGGAACCCACUGACCUGACAGCAAGUCCUGCAUUUCAGUGUUUAGAUGAGCUAUUUUCUGCUGGAAAAAUCACAGACACCAGAGUAGCUGAGCUGAAGGAACAGUACACCCUGCUGCAUGAGGCUGUGAUAAGUUUACAGGAAUCUGAGACCCAGCUGUUGCAGGAAGCUGAACGCCUGAGUGCAGAACUGGAACAGCAAUGUGAACUGGAAAAAGCAGAACAGCUCCCUGAAGAAGCUCCCAGUGAAGCUUUCCAAAUAAGGCAGCAGCUUUUCAGCUGCCGAAGUGAAUACAAUGCUACUAAAGGAAGAGUGUAUGAAAAUCGCUUGAAGAUAGAGUGUUUGCGAGAAGAAAAAAAGCUUCUGGAAAAUGAAUAUGAAAGAAUGUCAAAAGAAAAGAAAGAUGAUAAACUUCAACAGUUGAAAGAAAAUUGUGAUGAGCUCAGCAAAGAGGUAAUCCAGAGGAAAGCAGAAAUUGAUUCAAUAAAAGAAGCUGUUUCAUCCAAAGAAAAGAUGAUAUUAACAGAUGAGGAAGAAAUGAAAAGACUUCAGGAGAUGCAGACUUAUCUAAAAGCUGAGCUAGUUAGGCUCCUUGGUGUUCCAAAGCAACUUGCAAAAGAAACUGAGAAGUUGAAUCAGAAAAAAAUUGAUGCAGAGAAGAAGAAUGAAGUCCUUAAUGACCAAAUAGAAGAAUUGAAUAGAACACUGAAAGCCACUGAAAAAAGGACUGCAGAGAUUUUGCAAGAAAAAAAAGAUGUAAUGAAGGAAAUGGAUGAGAGACAAACUUUGAUGCAAAAGAAUGAACGAGAAUGCAUUAAUUUGACAAAAUUACUAGAAAUUAAUGCAGAGAAGGAAUUAGCCAUCCUAUCGGACAGACAAAUUCUGGAAAAUAAUUUAAAUAAAUGUGUCUUGGAGCACAAAAAUCAGCAAGAUAUUCUCAGUCACCAUCAAACACAGAAAGAUAAAGAACUGAAAAGUUUAAAAAAGAUAGAGUUACAGCUGAAAGAGAUUUGGGAUUGCUUGGAAGGAGAUAAGGCAAAGCAUAAAAGACUCAAAUCAGAGGCAGAAAUUAACUCAAAAAACAAUGCAGUAUUAUUAGAAAGACGACAAGAACUGCAGGACGAGAUUGAAACGCUCAAGAGAGAUUUAGCUGAACAGGAAAUGAUAUCAGAUAUGGAUGCCCGCGUGUUAGAAGAAUGCAUUGCUGCAGAACAACUGCUUUUCAAAGAGCAGGAAAAAAGCAGAAAUGAGUUAUCCACACUUACACGUCUGACUUGGCUCAGAGCUGAUGAGAAGCAACUGAAAUGCAGGGAUGUUCAGAAAACCAAGAUUCAACUCCAAAGUCUUGUUAAAGAACUAAAAAGACUGGAUCGUGAACUAGUCAUCUGUAAAAAGAUGCAAAGAGAAAACCAAAAAGAGCUCCAAGGAUUUAUUAGGAUGUAUGAUCUUAUAUUAAUUGAAAAGGAUAAAUGUAUAGAUUUGAUGCGUAUUGCUCAGUGCAAAGCAAAAGAAGUUGAAAACAGGGUAAAACUGCUGGAAAAUAAUAUAGAAAAUUUAAGAGAUGCUGUUAUGACCAGAGAAAGAAAAUUGCAGGAGAACUAUCUGAAGAUUAAAAAGAAUGAGAGAAUGAAAGAGUUGAUCCAAAAGGAUUAUGAGAAAGUUGAACAAGAGAUGCUAGAGAAUAAAGAAAAGGAAAAGUAUUUGCAUGUUGACAGACUUACCGCUGCAGCCAGAUGCAUUGAAGAGGAAAUUUCACAGCUACACAAAAAUUAUGAAAGGGCUAUUGAGCAACGAAAUGAGAGUGAUCUUUUGCUCAGAGAACGAGAAGAAGAACUAGGCUUUUUGUAUAAAAAAAUAAACAGGCAAGAGGCGUUGUGUAGCAAUGGAGAUACUAAGAUGCAAGUUAUGGAUGAAAAGAUCAGCUUUCUGAAGCUGAAGUUAGUUGAGAAAAAAAGAGAGGUUAAAUUGUGUUUUAAAGAGCUUACAGUGAAGAAUGCCCUGGAUGCACAUCUGGCGAAACUUCGGAUACAGUAUUCCCAGUGCAGGGACAAGAUUAAAAGGCUGGAGGAAAACUAUGGUGAUGCCACAAAUGAGAGCAGAAAGCAAGAAAUGGGAGGAAAGGACCCAUCUCCACCCGAGCUGCUAAAAAGGAUUGAAAAGAUAGAGGCAGAGCUGGUGCAGAAGGAGCAGAGGCUGCUGAAGAUAGAUUUCCUCUGCGAGAACGUUUCCGACCUGACGGACAGAAUGCGCGCUGUGGUGGAGAGCGGCAAGCAGGACAUGCUGCUGUUCGCCAGGAGGACCAACGAUCUGCAGAGGAAGAUAAAUCACAAAACCCAGGAGAUAAGGGCUCUUUUUGCAGAGUUAUCCAUGAAGCAAGCACUUGCCAUUAAACUCCGGCAGGAAAUCAGAGACAAAGAACAAUUUAUUAUGACUGCUUCAUUGAUGAUAAGUCAAGGCCUUCCCCCUCCUAAAGCAGAAAAGGACCAGUGGGAGAUCCUGGACAAUGAGAAGAUACAAAAAGCAGCAGCUGAAGCCAGAGCUAAAGAGCCUGCAGAGGAGACACAAGCUGCACUGCCCAGCCAUGACCCCACUAUCCCCAAAGAGGAGGAGGGACUCCCACUGCUGCAGCCUCAUGUGGCUCCCUUCAGACCAAGUGAGCCCCAUCCAAGUCCAAGACAUUUCAAAAAGCCUCCUGACAAGCCAUCUGAAAUCUGAACAGACAGCACCCAAAGCAGGAGAGACCAUUACCAGCUGCUGGAUCACAAGAGUCAACAGUGUUUGCACUGCACUGAAGGAAGAUCUGUUGGUGUCCAGCCAAAUUUCAUG